GCCCGCUGGGCAGACAGGCUGCGGACCGCGAAGACAAGAAGACAAGAAGACAAGCAGACGGGCAGGAAGGCAGCAGCCAAGACAUAAACUCCCAUUCAGGGACGGACACGGACGUAUGGACACCAAUACUCUCUUCUCCCCUUAAAUGAAAGCGCCCUGACAUUUAUCCACCGCGUCUUCCACGGGAAGUUUCCCGCUUGGGUGACAAGUGGACGCUAGUAGCAAGUUUGCUAGCGUCGGCGGAAACUUCCAGAAAGCGACAAGUUGGCGGUGUAUGUUGUUAAGGAAUGCCUGUGACCAGCCGCGGGUGUCCGGACAGAUAAGCAGGUGUGCCGCUGCCGUCAUGGCGAGGCCAGCGGGGUGGUUGUCUCGUUUCUCUGUGAUCAGCCUGGCCCUGGAGAUGCUGGUGGUGUCUGUGGAAGUGGAACAUGAGUGGCACUUCAAUGCAGCUCAGUGUCGUUACGCCCUGGGGAUGGAGGAUGGCAGCAUCCCAGACUCUGACAUCACUGCCUCCAGCGCCUGGUCCGACUCCACCGAGGCCAAGCAUGGCAGGUUGAGCAAAGGAGAAGGAGAUGGCGCUUGGUGCCCCGCAGGCUCGGUCUUCCCCAGCGGAACUGAGUACCUUCAGGUGGACCUGCACAAACUGCACUUCCUGGCACUGGUUGGCACGCAGGGUCGCCAUGCCGACGGGCACGGUCAGGAGUUUGCCCGUAUUUAUCGGCUUCACUACUCCCGAGACGGAGUGAAGUGGCUCACCUGGAAGGACCGCUGGGGCAAGGAAGCGGUGUCGGGGAACGAGAACACCUACGAUGUGGUUCUGAAGGACUUGGGCCCUCCUAUAGUGGCCCGGAUGGUGCGCUUCUACCCACUGGCUGACAGGGUCAUGAGUGUCUGCCUACGAGUGGAACUCUAUGGUUGUGUGUGGACAGAUGGUUUAAAGGCUUAUACGGCCCCCGUGGGCCACGUCAUGAACCUGUCAGGCAUGCAGGUCUACCUGAACGACUCCACCUACGAUGGAAGCACGCAGCAAGGCUUGCAGUUUGGCGGCCUGGGUCAACUGUGCGAUGGCGUCCUGGGAGGAGACGACUUCAUGGAAACCAAAGAGCUGAGGGUGUGGUCCGGCUAUGACUACCUGGGCUGGAAUAGGGAUGUUCUCGGGAAGUCCAGCGUGGACAUAGAGUUCCAUUUUGAGAAGCCACGUGUCUUCCGUAGCAUGCAGGUGCACAGUAACAACCGUCACACUCAGGGCGUGCGGGUGUUCAACAAGGUGGAGUGUCUCUUCAAGCCGGACAUCCUGCAGCCAUGGUCGUCUCCGGCCCUUGCACUGUCUGUACCUCUGGAGGACCUGAAGGACCCGUCCUCUCGAACCAUCACUUUGCCACUGGGAGGACAUGCGGCUCAGAUACUGCUCUGCAAGUUCUAUUUCGCGGACCGCUGGCUGCUUCUCAGCGAGAUAUCAUUCCUGUCUGAGCCUUUUGAGAAGGAUGUCACACGGACACAUUUCAACCAUCCCACCGCGAGCUCCUCUCCUGCCCUCAACCGCACCUCCGCUAUCUCCCCAGCGCCGAGUCGCAGCGCAUCCAACACCACCGCUUCAGUUUCCGCACCCCCCACCAUUGCCACCUCCACCUUCAUGAUGGACACCACCACUAACUGGACUCUCUCAGGCUCGGAGUUUGCCGCCGUGUCGCCGAGGGCGGGGCUUCCCGUGGCCAAGGACGACAGCAACAACACGGCCAUUCUGAUUGGCUGCCUGGUGGGCAUCAUCCUGCUGCUGCUGGCCGUCAUCGCCGUCAUCCUGUGGAGGCAAUACUGGAAGAAGCUGCUGGGGAAGGCCCAGGGCAGCCUCUCCAGCGACGAGCUGCGCGUCCACCUGUCCGUCCCCUCGGACAACGUGGUCAUCAACAACACCCACAGCUACUCCAGUCGCUACCAGCGCAUCCACACCUUCCCCGACGACCCCGAGCGGGAGGGCGAGUGCGAGUACCAGGAGCCAAGCGCCUUGCUUCGCCCGCGGGACCACCGUGACAGCACGGCCUUGCUGUUAAACAACCCGGCCUAUCACCUGCUCCUGUCAGAUCACAGGAAAGAAUCGGGGCCCAGCAGCUGUCAGGCUCAGGAAAAGCGCCUGAAUGUGCCGCAUGCCUGCGGACUGGACUUGAACCCGGAGAAAAGUUUCCCCCCGUCUCAGGACGAGCCUCCGCCGUACCCGGGGUCGCCGCCUUACCCCGCCCUGUCGCCGCCCGUGUCCCCCCCGCUGCCCCCCAGCGUGCCGCACUACGCCGAGGCCGACAUCGUGAGCCUGCAGGGCGUCAGCGGCAACAACACCUACGCCGUGCCCGCCCUGGCCUCGUCCGGCCUCGGCGGGGCGGACGCCAGCCCUUUGCCGGAGUUGCCCCGGCAGUGUCUCAUCUUCAAGGAGAAGCUGGGGGAGGGGCAGUUUGGCGAGGUGCACCUGUGUGAAAUAGAAAACCCCCAAGACCUUCCUCACCUGGAAUUUCCCUUCAACGUGAGGAAAGGUCGCCCUCUGCUGGUGGCCGUCAAGAUCCUGCGGCCUGAUGCCUCCAAAAACGCCAGGAAUGACUUCCUGAAGGAGGUGAAGAUCCUUUCCCGCCUUAAAGACCCCAACAUCAUCCGUCUGCUGGGUGUGUGCGUGAGCAGCGACCCCCUGUGCAUGGUCACCGAGUACAUGGAGUGUGGAGACCUCAACCAGUACCUUUCCCACCGGGUGCUGCUGGAUAAGGGCGGACCUUCACACAACUCUCCCACCAUCAGCUACCCGGCUCUCAUCUCCAUGGCCGGCCAGAUCGCCUCCGGCAUGAAGUUCCUCUCCUCGCUCAACUUCGUGCACCGCGACCUGGCCACACGCAACUGCUUGGUGGGCGGCGAGCUGGGCGAGAGCGGAGACGACCCGAGCGGCGAGCGCCACAUCAAGAUCGCCGACUUCGGCAUGAGCAGAAAUCUGUACGCCGGAGACUACUACAGGAUCCAAGGCCGAGCCGUGCUGCCCAUUCGCUGGAUGGCCUGGGAGUGUAUCCUCAUGGGUAAGUUCACCACCGCCAGCGACGUGUGGGCAUUCGGGGUCACCUUGUGGGAGAUGCUGAGUGUCUGCCAGGAGCAGCCUUACUCCAACCUGACGGACGAACAAGUCAUCGACAACGCCGGCGAGUUCUUCAGAGACCAGGGCAGACAAGUGUAUCUGGGCAAACCCGCCGUAUGUCCUCAAGGUCUCUACGAGCUCAUGCUGAGCUGCUGGAACAGAGACUGCAAGCUCCGCCCAUCUUUUGGCGACAUCCACUCCUUCCUCACAGAGGACGCCAUGAACAUGGUGUGAGACGCAUCAGGAGUCCACCGGUGGGGUCGAGUCUUUUCUUACAACACUUUUUGGGCCGAGGGGGUGCUGGAGAUGCUGCUGGUUCAGUUGGAUCCCGCACCUGGACCCCUAGAAACCUGCAGUAAAUUUAGCUCGUCAUGCUGUAGAUCUGACCUUACGUAGUACGACGUGGUGGUGGUGAUGGUGGUGGUGGUGGUGGUGGUGAUGGUGCUUUCUGCUUUACAUGACUUCUAAAUGCUGGCAGACUGUUAGGUGUAGUGGUUCUCAUAGUUUAAUACCUCCCAGCUCCCCUCCUGCAAAUAACUUGUAAUGGUUCACAUAGUUGCCUUUUACACAGAAGCUCCAGCUCCCCUUUGGAACUCUGAAAACAGAUGGCAGGAGAUUAAAGCUGGUGGAUAACAUAACUGCCUCGGGUUCAAUUCCUGGACAGUCAGCCCAAGGUGACCUCCGCCUUCCAUUUAAGUAAACUAAGAUGGACUCUAUCUCUCCCGAACCAGAUAAGUGGAUCGAUGCCGGGCGAUAAGGGUCAUUAGCAAAUGUAGAAUUUCACAUAGCUGUCUUCCACGUGACCUCUAUUGGCUUGUAGUGAUCAGCCAAGUGUGUUAGCCCAUUUCUGGCCCCAAAAUCAGGACCAGAAUUAGUGGACUAGAAAGGGGAUAAUUAAAGGCCUACUGAAAUGAGAUGUUCUUAUUUAAAGGGGGAUAGCAGGUCCAUUCUAUGUGUCAUACUUCAUCAUUUCACCAUAUUGCCAUAUUUUUGCUGAAAGGAUUUAGUAGAGAACAUCCACGAUAAAGUUCACAACUUUUAGUGCUGACGUCACGGGUUGUGGAGCUCCUCACAUCGGAACAUUGUUUACAAUCAUGGCCACCAGCAGCAAGAGCGAUUCGGACCGAGAAAGCGACGAUUUCCCCAUUAAUUUGAGCAAGGAUGAAAGAUUCGUGGAUGAGGAAAGUGAGAGUGAAGGACUAGAAAAAAAAUAAAAGACUACAGUGGGAGCGAUUCAGAUGUUAUUAGACAAAUUUUCUAGGAUAAUUCUGGAAAAUCCCUUAUAUGCUUAUUUUGUUACUAGUGUUUUAGUGAGAUCAUAUGGUCGUACCUGUACAACCUGAAGGUCGGGCCCGCACCUUUCUUCAUGAAGUCGACGGGUGGUGGCGAUGCCCAUCUCUACCCUUCGCAAGGGACCUUCUUUGAAACACGAUCUUUCUAAAUGAUCGCUGCAUAAUACACUGUUGUGUGUGUGGUCCAAUCCAACCGUGUUCGCUUGACCGCUCUGUUCCAUAGUAAAGCUUCACCGUCAUCUUUCAGGAAUGUAAACAAUGAAACACUGGCUGUGUUUGUGUUGCUAAAGGCGGCCGCAAUACACCGCUUCCCACCUACAGCUUUCUUCUUUGACGUCUCCAUUAUUCAUUGAACAAAUUGCAAAAAAUUCAGCAACACAGAUUUCCAGAAUACUGUGGAAUUAUGCGAUGAAAACAGACGACUUAUAGCUGGGAACGGUGUGUAACCAAAUGUCCUCUACAAUGCGUGACGUCACGUGCACGCGUCAUCAUACCGCGACGUUUUAGCAUGAUACUUCUGCGCGAAAUUUAAAAUUGCAAUUUAGUAAACUAACCCGGUCGUAUUGGCAUGUGUUGCAAUGUUAAUAUUUCAUCAUUGAUAUAUAAACUAUCAGACUGCGUGGUGGCUUGUAGUGGCUUUCAGUAGGCCUUAAGGUCCUUUGGUAGUGUAGUAGUUCACAUAGCUGACUUGGCCAUUUAGUCUUUCCCUCCACAAGUCAAGGGGCUGCCCUUGCAAUCCUGAACAGGUUAAGUGUCUCUUGGCAGUGUAGUGCUUCACGUAGCAGACCAGGGAGGAUGACAGCUUACUCAAAGGGGACUACGUGACUCACUGCAGACCUGCUGUGCACUUCCAAGCCCCAAUUGCAUUAUUUUAGGGACAAUGGAGGACAUUUUGCGCCAAAGAGUGAGAAAAAUCCCCCAAAGUGCUGCUGUCACAUGACCUCCAAACUCAAAGCAGAAAUGUUACUUUCAGUUUGGACACAAAAAAAAAAGAAUAUUCCACAACUUCCUGCACUUUAACACAUUUGUGGCUGAUGAACUGUUGCUAUGAAUCCUGCUUGUGUGGACUGAAGAGCAGUGAUUGGACGACAGCAGGAUGUAAAAAUAUCAUUUUGGAAUGACUGAUUUUUUUUUUUGGUCCCCACCAUGAAAGUCUUUGUUACACGCACUAGUGUCAAUAUGUCCUACACACCAUCAACUGAUAGUUGUGGUGCCAUUCGAGUCCCCUUUUGAUACACUAUUUGAUACAGUGUAGUUAACCUUUUUUAGAUGCUUUGUCUGCUGGUACAUGAAUAGUUUGUACAUAUUUUAAAUACAAAUCUGUAUUUUCCUGUACUAAUGUAUGGAGCCUUCUGUAGAAACGCUUGCUACCUUGAAUAUUGUGUUUAUAUAUUUGUAGAUGUUUCAAUAAAGUUUUAACCCUUUUCAAAUAAAAACAACGAUCGGAGCACACUUUUUAUUAAUACAGAUAAAUGCGGAUUUGAGACUACACAUGCAACAACGUGACAAACAGGAUAAGUAAAUUCCAUUGAACAUGGCAGCAUUAUGGCUUAUACCAGUUGGAUAUAAUGUGAUAUAUUUAUUCCCUGACAAGCUGAACACAAGAGGUCUGACAUUGUGGUUUUUUUGGAGUUCAUCUCGCUUGACCCAGGCACUUCACGGUGAUGAGAUGCAUUGCAGCUUUGGAUGGUUAGUAAAGCGUUAGAAAACUUGUUAAAAAAUGACGUGCAGCUUUACGAGACUAACUUUCACAGGACUUCUAAGUGUUAGUCGGCAUCCUUACAAACAUGAAGAAUUAGUCAAAGGUACGCGAGCCUUCAAAGUGUACUGUAACAAUGUUGACCACCUUUGCUGCCAGGACCUCCCACUCUCCUGCCUAAAACACAAGCAGCCUCUCUCCAGCCUGCUCUUAACAACCACUUCCUGUUAUAGCCUGCUCUUAACAACCACUUCCUUUAUCAAUCUGAGACGCCAGACAAAAUCCCAAAUCAGAAUUAUUACAGCCACGAUGAGGAGAAAAAUGUAAUGCAAUUCUGAAAUAAGGUCAUUUUUACAAGAAAAAACAUUACAGGAUUAUUUUGAUUACGUACUUAAUAACAAUGCAGGGGGCAAAGCAAGGCAGCUGUUCCUUUAAAUAUGCUUCACUUAUUUCCCAUCACACAAUUGCCUCAUGUGAAGUGAAAUUAUAUUUAUAUAGCGCGUUUUUUUAGUGACUCAAAGCGCUUUUACAUAGUGAAACCCAAUAUCUAAGUGACAUUUAAAGCAGUGUGGGUGGCACUGGGAGCAGGUGGGUAAAGUGUCUUGCCCAAGGACACAACGGCAGUGACUAGGAUGGCGGAAGCGGGAAUUGAACCUGGAACCCUAAGGUUGCUGGCACGGCCACUCUAGCAACCGAGCUAUGCCGCCCCAUAAAUCCUACAAUAUUAUAACAAAUGUAUACUUAUUUGAUAUGCGGGCAUGAUAGUAGAUUUUAGACACUAAAUAUUUUUGGACCAUUAUUAUAUAAUGGGAUUAUUCUGAGGAUUUUACUUACAAAAUUGUCACUUAUAUCAGUAAUAUUGUAACUUUAUUUUUGCAACAAUAAAAGAUUACCAUAAUACUGUUUUUGGUGGAAUAUAUACGAGUAUAAUUUUGUAAUACCGUAUUUCCUUGAAUUGCCGCCGGGGCGCUAAUUAAUUUAAAACCUCUUCUCACUCCGGCGUUUACCAAAGGUAUGCAGUAAAAAUUUGAGUGUGAUGUAAGCUUGGACCUUAAAUCCUACUGAAUAGCUCUUAAUCUUCUUCCCUUUAUGUGAUUUCAAAUCACCGGUAUUGAAAUCAGCCUCCUCCAUUUUGAAAAUGAUGACAGGGGAAGUGUCACUCGUAAUACUAAGCAUGCGCUAAUUAUUUUGUGAAGCGAGUUUGACCCGGCAGUACUUCAAGGCAGGCGUAUACUAUAUGCCCGGCGGCAAUUCAAGGAAAUACGGUAUUCUAAUUUCAUUCUUGCAAAACAUCCCCCACAAGUUUGUCUUGAAUUAUCAGCCCGUUUUUUUCCCCUCUUGUAAUAAUCCCAUUUUAUUCUUGCAGUAUCACAACCUUUGUCCUACGUCAAAUCGUGACAAUAUUCUCAGAAUAUUACCACUUGUUUUCUUGUCAUGGUGGUGGUAGUAACAUGUUUGGCGCUCAGUUCAUGUGUAGUGCAUAAGUUAACAGUGAUCUAAAAAAGUACAUUUGACAUCUAGCAACAAACACUUUUGAUGCCACAAAGAAUGCAAACACUAAACCAUCUCAAGCUAAACGGAU